UUCAAUUUUAUGACCUUAUAUUUUUUUGCUCGAUCGCACAAGGCCACACCAGAAAUGACUAUAAAUUAGCCCACAACUGACAGCCACUUGGCCUGCCAGUGCCCGAUCAGCGCGCAGCUGGUCCGCUGUGAACGCGAAAACCGAACACAUCCAAUCUUUUUACUAUUUAUUUGUUUAGACUGAGCAAUGGCAAACGAGCGCAGAAUCUUGGUGGUCCCCAAGGAACAGUCGUCAAAAUCACUGCAGCAGCUGCGUCUCCCUCACCCGCGCACGGGUAUCCUCAGCAGCUACUACGCAGAUGUGCAAAACGAGGCACUGCUUGAGGCAGCGACCAUAGACAUGAAGGGUAAGCGCUCCUGGUUGGGCGACGGCUGGGUGCUGGGCAACGGAUCGGCAUCGAUACUAACUCCUGUAGAUCCGCUGUUCUUGUAUUUGGCUCUGAUCACCAAGUUCUCAAAGGCCGGCGAAGGCGAGUGGAAGUUUGUCGAUAUUGAUAGUUUGCAGCUCGAGUCGCACGAGCAAAUGGAUGCCGCAUCACUGAUCGUGUUUUUUGGAAUGAAGAGUGUACAGUCGCGGGCACUGGUGACCCUGUGUGAGGUCAAGAUCAUUUCGAGCGAUAUGCAGGUGGUCAAAAUCGAUAAUUCCAAGGUCAUCGACUGGCUCAAGCGCAAGUGUGAUGUGUCCAGGUUUCCAAAGUCCUUGGAGGGAGUUGUUUCGAGUGCGGCGGGUUGCGAGGAGUUGGUCAGGCAGGCAAAAGUGCGCGAGAUGGCGCUGCUGGUUUCAGAGUACUUGCCACAGUACUGGGCGACCAGGCUUUUUGCCGAGUUUGGUGGGUUUGCCGAGGUGAGUGAGAACGAGCAGCUGCUUUCGAAGCGUGUGCAGGCGGUGGUAUUCGACGACCCGACGAGCUACACAAUGGGCGUUUCCAGCCCGCAGGCAUCGACAGCAAAGCCGGCCAAGCCAAAGUCAGCCAAGGAGAAGCAACUCGAGAAAGCGGCCAAAAAGUCAAAGCCCAUCACCAGCUUUUUUCAAAAGAAGGCGUGAUACAAUUUUUUUACAUGGAUGUAUGGACCGCAUUAUUUAAAAUAGCAGAAUGCAUGAAUGAUGAAUUGAAAGCGUGGCAAAACAAAGUAAC